UCUAUAAACGACGGCUCCAUCAACCAUAGGGCGCCGUUUUGUUGUGUUGCAUUCGCCGAGGAAGAAAGGAGAAAAAGAGAGAGAAAGAAGCAAGCUUCGCCAGAGGGUGUCACAGUCGUUCUUUAAGAUCUGAAAGCGCCUCUUAUUUCCCGGCAACCAAAAAUUCUCUUACUUUCAAUUAUUUGCUUUCAAAAUAAUAAAACCCUAAGGGAGGGGUGCAAACACAAUGAGAAGCGCCAACAUGUGGACGGUUUUGAUGUGUUUGAUUAUGAGUUUAUUCACUCGCAUUGAAUCGCUGUCUGUGACAGUGAACGACGUCGAGUGCGUCUACGAGUACGUGCUUUACGAGGGAGACACCGUUUCGGGGAAUUUUGUUGUCGUCGACCAUGACAUUUUCUGGAGUUCCGAUCACCCCGGCAUUGAUUUCACGGUGACAUCCCCCGCUGGGAAUACUGUCAAAAGUAUAAAGGGAACCUCUGGUGACAAGUUUGAUUUCAAAGCCCCAGCACAUGGAAUGUAUAAAUUUUGUUUCCAUAACCCAUACUCAACACCUGAGACUGUCUCUUUCUACAUCCAUGUUGGUCAUAUUCCCUCUGAGCAUGACCUUGCCAAAGAUGAGCAUUUGGACCCAAUUAAUGUUAAAAUUGCUGAACUCAGAGAAGCACUAGAGUCUGUUACUGCUGAACAAAAGUACUUGAAAGCUCGUGAUGCAAGGCAUCGUCACACGAACGAGAGCACUCGGAAGCGUGUUGUAUUCUACACAGUAGGAGAGUAUUUUCUCUUGGCCGCUGUUAGUGCUCUGCAAGUCCUAUACAUCAGGCGCCUUUUCAGCAAGUCAGUGGCAUACAACCGUGUUUGAGUUCCCUUCAUUAUUAACCUUAUGCUUUCCUUCAUUACCAUCAGUAUUAGGUUUACAUGUGCUCUCUAUUUAAAAGUAUGAUUUCUUGGUGAACACUUUUUUUACAGAAACACGACCUGUAUUUUGAUACCCAACAAGAUUUUUAAAUUCCUUAGUUUGAAUUUCAAUGGGUUGACAGAAAUUAAACCAUGUGAGAAUCAAUACUAAGUUUGUAAAAGGGUAAUCUACAAGUUCUCUAACGUUUGAUGCAAACUUGAAGUACAAGCCUAGUAAGACAUGUUUUGGUAA